AUAAAUAAUUAAUAAAUGGAGCAACUCAAAUAGCAAAUCCAAGAGCAAGUGGAGGAAUAAGAUAUAGUUGAGGAUUUAAAUAUUGAAGGUGUGAAAAUUCAAAAAUUCACAGAGGAAAUGGCUGCUCUCUUUACUCAACAUUAAUAACUUCUUGGUUUGACAUUUGAGAAAUGUGGAUUGACAACACUUGAUGGUUUUCCAAAAUUAAGCAAGUUAUAAAAUUUAGAGUUGGAAAACAAUUCUUUAACAGGAACAGCAAUAAAAUUUAUAGCAGAUAAUUUCAAAGAGUUGAUAAACUUGAAUUUAUCACAAAAUAAUAUUAAAUCAGUUGAUGUAAUGAUGAAGUAUAUCAUAAUAGGAAUUGAAGCCUUUAGCAUCUUUAACUAAAUUGGAAUCUUUAGAGUUGAAAGAUAAUCCAUUGACCAAAGAAGCAGGAUAUCAUAAAAAUGUAUUCUAGCUUUUAUCAUCACUUAAAGUUUUAGACAAUAAAAAUUAAAAGGGAGAAGAAGUUCUAAAUGUAUAAUUUUAUAUUAUUAAAUAUUAGGAUGAUGAAGAUGAAGAUAUAGAUGAUGAUGAAUUUGAUGAAGAUGGUGGAGAUGAUUCUUUUGAUGAUAGUGAAGAAGAUGAUGAAUCAGAAGAGCCAGUUAAACCAAUAAAAAAAAACAAAAAAUGACAUUCUUUUGUUUUGCC